AUGGACAGGUCAUGGUUAACAGCUAAUAGAAGAACAAAAGAGUUUGAGAAUGGAGUGGACGCUUUACUUAUGUUUGCCUUUGAGAAUGGAUAUAACGAAGACAAAAUAGGUUGUCCAUGCUUAAAGUGCGCACAUAGCAAAUCUUGGACAGCUCGGACUGUUAAAAACCAUCUGUUUCAAUAUGGUAUUGAUCAAACGUAUACUCGCUGGAUAUGGCACGGGGAACCAAAUCUUGUAGAAAGUCCUGUAUUGGAUGAAAACGGCAACUCAGUAUCUUCUAAUUACCAAUUCUGCACAAGAAUGGGUGAAGCUGACGAUGAUGAUGUUCUUUCUUUAGAUUUCAUCAACCAUGUGAAAGGACCGACCGAGGCUGGAAAUGAUAUAGAUGUGUUCCUUCAACCACUUAUAGAAGAUCUGCAGGAGUUGUGGGGCGGGAAACAAGUGUACAACGCAUAUAGACAAGAGUCUUUCUUACUUGGGGGCAUAUUAUUAUGGACAGUAAGUGAUUGUCCGGCCUUGGGGAACUUGUCGGGACACGUAGUUAAAGGGUAUAAUGCUUGUACUAUUUGUGUUGAUAAAACAGAGGCUACUAGGCUGGUUCACUAUCGGAAGACGGUAGUUAUGAGGCAUAGGAGGUGGUUGCCCCGUCAUCAUCCGUAUAGAAAGAAAAAGGCAGCUUUUGAUAACAGCGUUGAGACAGGUGAUGCUCCUAUUCUAUUAACUGGUGAGCAGCAUGUUCUCGAUGUGAUGCACAUCGAGAAAAAUAUAUGUGAGGCUUUACUUGGAACUUUGCUAAAUAUUCCCGGAAAGACAAAAGAUAGGGAGUCUGUCCGUCUCGAUAUGGCAGAAAUGGGAAUAAGAACGGAGCUAAGGCCAAAAACUCCCGGAAAGAAAGAGAAGGUACCUUUGGCUUCAUGGAACUUAUCGAGUGCAGAAAAAAAGGUAGUUUGCUCAUCAUUUCUUCAAAUGAAAUUACCGGAUGGAUUUUUUUCAAAUAUCAAGAAUCUUAUAAAUAUGGAAAAACUUCGGCUUGUUGGAAUGAAAUCUCAUGAUUGCCACACAAUAUUUCAUCAUUUGCUUCAAAUUGCGAUUCGAUCGGUACUGCACAAAAAAGUCAGGUGCACAAUAAUAAGGUUUUGCCUUUUCUUCAAGGCAAUUUGCAGCAAAGUCAUCGAUGUAGAUAAAUUGGAAAAUAUGCAAUCUCAGUUGGUGGAAACAUUAUGCCAGCUGGAAAAACACUUUCCACCUUCGUUCUUCGAUGUCAUGAUCCAUCUCUCAAUUCAUCUUGUGAGAGAGGUUAAGCUUUGCGGGCCAAUAUUUCUACGUUGGAUGUAUCUUUUUGAGAUAUAUAUGAAGGCGUUUAAAGGAUAUGUUCGAAAUGCUGCUCAUCCCGAAGGUUGUAUUGCCGAGGCAUAUGUUGCCGAAGAGGCCGUUGAACGUUUGGUCAAUUUUGAAGAAGCUACCAUAGGUUUGCCAAAAAAUGAUAGGCAUGAGCAAAAUGCAAUAAGCAAACCUUUAUCUGGUGCGACAAUGAUCAAGCCAAGCAAAGAGGACUUGCAUCUAGCACACUUAUGUGUUCUACAAAUUGGCAAUGACGUCAGUGAACAUAUGGCAUCUUUAAUGGUAAGAUACCAGCAGCAUGAAAAUGACGAGGUGUGGCUAAAAACCAAGCAGAAUGAACAAUUCCCCGAAUGGUUCAGGAAAAAGAUUGAGACGGAAUUGCUCCAUGACCAUAAUAGCAUAGGUGAUGAUAUAAGGUGGAUGGCAGAAGGGCCUAACAAGAAUGUUCCUACGUUCAGUGGUUAUAAAAUCAGCGGAGUUAGUUAUAGCACCAAGGAGCGUGAUGGAAAUAGACAACAAGUUUGCUACAUUGAUGAUACUCUUGAAAAAUUUUGGUCUGUUGUGUUGAAAGUCCCGGUAAAGAACUUUUAUAACCACUGUGAUGAUGAAAAUGAAAGCUUCGUAGAAAUAGAACUUGAGAAUGAGCUGUUGUUGCCCGUGUUCCCGAAUGUUGAUGAACUGGACGAUGAAAAUACUAGCUAUAUGCGAGAGGAAGAAAAAUGGAUUCAACUUCCAUCAUGGUAA